AUGUCAAAAGAUAAAUGCAACAAAUGUAAAGUUAAAAUUAAAGAAAGUAACAAAGAAUUAAUUUGUUGUGGCGUACGCGGGGACGGCUUCCACAUCAAAUGUAUUCCGACCGAUGCUCAAGUCUUGACAGCAGUAGUAUCCGAUCCUAAUUUGUUUUGGCUCUGCAAAAGCUGCGUUAAGAACAUCAAAGAAGGUUUCAAAAAAAUUUGUGAUCUGCAAAAAUCUCAAAGUGAAAUAGUUUGUAACCAAGAUAAGCUUACUGAUGAACAAAGUUCUUUUUGUCGCGAGUUGGCUUCAAUUGACGCAAAGUUAAGCGAAAUGGCCAACAAAAUUGUUGAAUUUGAUAAGUCGGUAACAAAUGUAAACACGCAGAUUAAAGAUGUUGAAGGGGGUUUGAAAAAGAAUUGGACUGAAGUUGUAAAGGGAACUAUCAAAGAAGAAGUUAAAUCGACUACGGUGGCUCUGAACAAUGUCGUCAAAUCUAUUAAAACCGAUGUCGAAACAAUCAACCAGCUUUUAAAAAUAGCUGACGGUGUUGUUCUACUUCAUGAAGUUCGAUGGAAACAUGUCCCGACUGCACUAUGGUUUGACAGCGACUGCAAAAAGGCUAAGCAAAUGUGUCGAUAA